AUGCAGUACGUCAGGAACCUCAGUGAUUCGGUUUCCACAGCAUGGAACUCUAUCAAUCCCGCCACCCUCAGCGGUGCCAUCGACGUGAUUGUCGUUGAGCAGGAAGACGGAAGUUUGGCAUGCUCUCCUUUCCACGUGCGGUUCGGCAAAUUCUCGCUCUUGCGCCCAUACGAGAAGAAGGUUGAGUUCAAGGUGAAUGGCAUCAAACAGCCCUACUCUAUGAAGCUUGGGGAAGGGGGUGAGGCCUUCUUUGUCUUCGAGACGACGGACACCAUCCCGCAGAGCUUGCAGACGUCGCCCUUGGUGUCACCCGCUCCCAGCCCCCCUCUAAACCCUCAACAGCCGGGGUUGCAGGAGCCUGAAGCGCUUGAUCUAAACGACCAUGUUGUGAAGGCGCGGUCCAUGACCCUUACCCGACCUCCCCCUACGACAUUGCAUUCGAUAGGGCGCGAUGGACUGCUCACCCCGCGGUCAACCUCUCCGGAACUUUCCAAGGGAAUUCCCUCCGUCGGCGACGGUUCCCCGCCGCGACCUCACAGCGACGAUAUUUUGCGGCGGACAUCGCGAAAGCCGGCAACCGAUGAGGGCUCCAACGAAGCCGACAGUCCGAGAUACAGGGAUCGGUCUCACAGCCCGCCGCCUGUGGCACCCGCCGAGGCCCUUCAAAGGGCGAUGAACCUUUCCAGGGAGCUAUCUGCCGUCAACAUACCAUCCCAUGUCACCGAAACAGGAGACUUGAUGUUGGAUAUGACGGGCUUCAAGAACAGCGAAGAAGACGCCCUAAGAGCCGAAAUUCUAGCCCGGAAAGUGCUGUCAGAGGAACUGGACGGCAAUUACGACAUUGGCGCUCUCUUUGGGGUUGAUGAGCGGGGAAAUCUUUGGAUCUACAGCAGCGAGGAGGCAAAGGAUGCUGCCAUGAAGAAAGCAAUGGAAUCUGCGCUACGUUCUCCCCCAAGUUUUGCCAUCGAUGCUGUAUCCGACCCCGGCUACCAGAGCGACAGCAGCGAGGCCACAACGUCUCAGACCGCCCCGGCUCAUAGAAGGGCGGGGUCAGACCUAGGCCAGAUGUCGUUGCAAACUCCUCCGAGCUCCCCCGGCCCUCAAGUCGCCGCCGGUGAUCCUAACCGGAACUACGCCAAGACUCUGCGACUGACCAGCGACCAAUUGAAAGCUUUGGACUUGAAGCCCGGCGAGAACUCUAUGAGCUUCACAGUGAACAGAGCGACAUGCCAGGCAUACAUGUACCUGUGGAAACACGAUACCCCUGUCGUUAUCUCGGACAUUGACGGGACCAUCACGAAAUCAGAUGCUCUCGGCCACGUGCUGAACAUGAUUGGGCGAGACUGGACCCACGCAGGAGUUGCCAAACUAUACAGCGACAUUGUAGCCAAUGGUUACAACAUCAUGUAUCUGACGAGUCGAUCCGUCGGGCAGGCGGAUACGACGAGAACAUAUCUCGCCGGGAUUGUUCAGGGGGGAUACCGUCUCCCUAGAGGGCCGACCAUCCUCUCGCCUGACCGGACCAUGGCUGCGUUACGCCGUGAGAUAUACCUUCGCAAGCCUCACAUCUUCAAGAUGUCGACGUUGCGCGACAUCCGUAGUCUCUACGGCCCGAAUAGAAGCCCGUUUUAUGCCGGAUUCGGGAACCGUUUCACCGACCAGAUUUCAUACCGGACAGUUGAUGUGCCACGCACCCGUAUCUUCACCAUCAAUUCCAAUGCCGAGGUGUCACUGGACCUGUUGAGUCUCAACAAGAUGAAGCUGAGCUAUGUCAACAUGAGUGAGGUUGUGGACCACUACUUUCCUCCUGUCAGCACGCUCGUUAAGGGCGGGGGUGAGGAGUUUACCGAUUUCAAGUAUUGGCGCGACACGCCGCUCGAGCUCGAUGAGUUCUCGGCCAGUGAUACUGAAGGAGACGACGAGGCCCAUGACGACGAAGAUCACGACAGCCAGUACGCCGAGGAUGACGAGGAAGAGGCGGAUGAAGGACUCGCGGACAGCUACAUUUCAAGAGGUUCAGCGGAUGACUACGGCGAAGGCAGUGUCAUGACCGGGAGCUAUGAUGAAGACCGUCUGAUGGGAUCCAUGAUCGAGGAUGAGUACGCAGACGAUGAAGACGGAGACGGGGAGGAAGAAGAGGACGGAGACGAAGCCGAAGAGGAGGAUGAGCGGGCGCUAACACCAGUCCGCACAGCGGAUGGGGGCAGGGGUUCGCCAAACAGAACAAUGCAAGAUGUAGACGCUGAGAUUAUCACCGGUGUGAAGAAUUUGAGGUUGCAAAGGGAGUGA